AAGAACUUCAUCUAGUGAACAUACACACACUUGCCUACCUGUCUUGGGGUCGAGUUUCUUCUGAACACACUUUGACAAAAUAGGAUUCACACAUACAGGUUUAACAUCCUCAUGUUCCGCUGUGUGACAUCUGAUCUGAUUGUACUCAUGUUGCCUGUGAUUCUGUUGUUAUUGCUAAUGCCUCUUACCUGGAGCUUUCAAGCUUUGAGUCCUGGCUGCCACCUCUACCCAUUUAAUGUAACCAUACGGACAGACAAGCGAGGGACGUGUCGAGGAACUCAAGUAGUCUAUGCUUGUGUGGGUUACUGUGAGUCGAGUGCUUUCCCGUCCCGUUAUUCUGUGUCACUGGCCUCCAACUUCACCCACAACAUAACAUCUGCUUCCCGCUGUUGCACCAUUAGCAAGGAUGCAAAGGUGAAAGUCCGUCUGCACUGUCCUCGUGGUCGACACCAUGACGAUAUUGAGAUCUUGACUGCACGUGCCUGUCGCUGCAGCAUGUGUCACAAAUCCCGUUAUUGAGAUGGCGUUGUGUACUAUACAAAUAAGAGCACAACUCACUCCUUGACUACUCAGUCUAGAAAAUUAAACACAUAAAUAAAUACUUUUAACCCUUUAAUCUUGAAUGUAACAUUUUAAGAGGAUUCAGUUGAAAGACAACAUACAAUGUAAACAAUAACAAACAUAAAAUCAUAAUUCUCUAGUUCAAAACUCCAGCAUCAGUGUCACCUAAUGACAUCAAGAAUGUAUAUUAUAUAGAUAUAUAUAUAUCAAUUCAAAAAAUGUUUUGCACAAACUUUACGUUUAUGUUUUUGGACAAGAUUUUGUAUCUAAUCUUUUG